AUGUUUUUAAAACAAUGGCUCAAUAAUAAGAGGAGCAACUCGAUGAGUACAUCAUCGUCAUCGGGAUCUAUUAGUAAUAUGGUGAAUACCAACAAUAAUCAGACAACAAAUCCGAAUAACAGUUACUCAUCAGGGCUGGAUAAUUUGGGAUUUUUAGAUCAGCAAACAUCACCCAAUUCGCCUCCAUCCUCCUCCUCAUCACAAUUUACCACAUCCUCCCAAUCACCAACUUCCAAUAAUCAAAACAAAGGAGUUUCAGGAGUUGUUGGUGAUCAAUCUCCUCUCCUUUUCAAUCCUCCGAAUAAUAAUAGCACAAUUAAUAAUGAAAAAUCAACAAUUAUGAACACGUCCACUUACUAUACCUACACUGUCCAAUCAGAAGAGGGUCUCCCUUCCAUGGCCCAACAUCACCAUUUAGAUGAUGUUUCAUCAUCGGAUGAGAAUUUUCAAUCACCACGAAUGGUUCCUCUUCAUGUCAAUACUACACCUUCUUCAUCAAACAAUCAUCAUCAACACUCUGCAUCGAGAAUGAUGCAACCGAAUAGAGACUCACCACUGAUUCAUCCCCACCAUCAUGCCAUUCGUGUCUUUCCCUAUGAUUUACGAAAAUUCAAUAAUAAUCAACAACAACAACACAUUUCUCAUCAUCAAUAUUCACAAUUAUCAACAACACCAAAUCAACAACAACAUGGCAGUGAAGAAUUAGCAGUAUCAGUCUCUCCAAUUCCUUCCAACCUGAUGAUGAAUAUACCAGAGAUUGGAUUAAGUCCAAUCACUUCAGGACCCAACAAACUUCUCAAUUCUCCACAUUCACCAAUUGAUGAUGAUCAUAAUAAUGGUGGUGGAAUUUCACCAAAGAGUGAUGAAGAAGUUUCUGUCUCUCUCUUCUCAGGGGAUAUUUCCAAGGCAGUUCAUGAUGAGUAUUAUCCAUCACCACAAAAGCUUUCGGCCUCUCGGUUGUUACCUUCUGAACCACCAUCACCAACUGCAACGACCACUAGGCUGGGUGAUUCAUUCAAUAGUCAAAUGCAUUCACCAUCUGUACGUUCGACAGCUUCAAAUGUUUCCACUUCGAGAAGGAGAGCCAACAGUAACAGUUCAAACAUUUCAUCAACAAUGUCCUUCCAGAAUCCACAACAAAAUGCUCCAUUUAUUGUCUAUUCUUUGAAGAAUCAAUCAUUGGGAUUUAUGAAUACUGCCAUUUCACAUCAUUGUUCGAAUAGAAAUGCCAAUCAUCACACCCAUAAUUUGUGUGAGGAGUGUACAAAUUGUAAUAUUGCAAGAAAUCAUACUAGUCCAUUUUCUGAAGUGUCAGUCAUUAAUAUGAUUGAUCCAAAUUCAUCUCUUGGUAUUGGAGAAGUGAAUAAUAUUAAUAAGGUUAUAUUAUUGUACGAUAGAAAUGUAAAUUUAGAUACAAGUUAUGCUUGUUUGACUCCAUACUUUUUCAAUUAUUGGAAUUAUGCUAAUUUUUGUAAUAGAAAUGGAGAGGAGGUUGGAAUUCCGAGAAUACCUCCACAUCAAUACUUUUCCCUGAAUGAGGAAUUUAUGUUUUAUAGAUGCAGACCUUUGAAAGUUGCUCCUAAUAAUAUGGUUAGCUCUCCAAUGCUGACAUGCUAUGAGGAUGGUAGAAUUUCAGUGUGGGAUGCUACCAAUUCUAAACGAGUGGCCAACCUGAACGGUCACAGAUUGACAAUUACUUGUGCAGUACCAAUUUUUGCUCAGGGAACUCUCAUUUCUCAAUCAUCAGAAGAUUCCAAUCUCUAUUUCCAAUAUACACCAUUUGCUCAAUUCUUAUUGACUGGAUCUGGAGAUAAGUCCAUUAAAUUGUGGGAUAUUUCAGCAAUUUGGAGCACAUCAGGUCAGGCACCUACAUUCAAUCUGAAUCCAGUGAGAACCAUGAACAUUCACGAAUCGAGUGUUAGAUGUAUUGAACUACUCAAUGAUGGAUCCCCAAGAUUUUGCUCUGCCUCCAAUGAUGGUAAAAUUUGUUUGUGGAAUUGGUUCACUGGAGAGCUCCUCCAAGUGAUCAAUAGAAGAGAGGAUGGAUGCAUUUCCAAUAUGUUUAUCAUGAAUUCCAUGUUUUACAAUGAUAUGUCAUUCAUUGAAAGGACGAACAAUACCAUCGUUUCAACAUGCUCCAACAAGCCAGAUUUAUUCAUCUAUGAUUUUGAAAAGAUUGAAGAUGUUAUUGAGGAAUCACCAACUAUAACCGAUGAUUCGUCUAGCAAUGACUUUUUCUACAAGUUAAUUGAUGAAGAAUUGGUACCUUCAGCAACAACAGAGCCAAGUAGUAGUGCAUCCGUAGUAACACAACCACCUAUUACAUCCAACAAACCAAAAAAUAUCAUUUCCAGUCUAAAGAUUCUCAAUAUUUUCUCAAUGCCUUCCACUUCAUCAAAUGCUGAUAACAUUUCACAAAAAUCAGAUAAUUCCUCUCAUUCAUCCAUGACUCAAUCAAUGAAUCAAUCGAUGAACCAAUCGCCAAACCAAUCUAAUCCAACCCUUCCUGCUAAACAGUCAGAGUUUGAUUACAUUAUUAGCACUGUAAAUAAUUUUGGAGAAUUAACCUUUUGGAAAACAGCUCAGAUCGAUUCUGAAGCUAAAUGGAACAAGUUGUGCUCUUGCAAGAAGAUUCGUGAAAUUUUGGAAUCCAAAUACUCAUCAAACGAACUCACCUAUCAAGCAUGUAUUCAGUUGGUGGUGAAUAAUCACUUCUUGUUGGUUUCUCUCGCAAACCACUUGUUCAUUUUCGAUAUUGCUGACAUUCUCAUGCACACAGAAGGUAAUCAGGAAUGUAAAUUCUUAUUGGAACAGGCAGAGGCUCACUCAUCCACCAUCACUACCAUGUGUACUCUUCAUUAUGGUCAUAUUAUUGCCACUGGUGCAGAGGAUGGCACGAUUCGAUUAUGGGACACUGGCAAACUGUUGAUAUCUAAUAAUCCAUACGUACCAACUCCAAAUCCAGAAACUGCCUCAACAACAGCCAGCAGUAUUUUACAUCCUAUUGAAAGUAUUUUUAUUGGAACAAGUAAGAAUGUACAAACAGCAUUUUUGAGAAAUAUUGCCACAUUACAAAUGCACAGCCAAGCAAUUGUCUCUCUACAAUCACUCAAUGAAUAUGCAUUUAUUAGUGUGGCAAAGGGUGAACCAUUUGCCUUAAUGUGGAAAGAUUCGAGAAUGGAGAAGAAGCUCAGAGGAUAUUACGCAUUCCAUUAUGGAUUAGGAAAUACUGACAUGCUCAGUAGUGGAUCAGCCGGAGGAUACAAUGUGCCAAACAUGCUCUCACUCAUGCUUGGUGAGAAUAAUAGUGUUGCUACAGCACUCAAUGUGACACCAUUUGCCUAUCUCAGUAUGGUUAAUAAUAGACAAAGAAGUAAUAGUGGUAUGAGAAAGGUUCAAUCUGUGAUUGGAUUCAAGAAUCCAGGAUAUGGUAAAGCACUAUCACCGAAGAGUUCCAGUACUGAGGAUUUGACAGUCAAUACGCAAAGAGAAAAGGCAGCUAUGAGGGCAUUUACUACUGAUGAUGAAAGAUUGAACAAGGAUGAUGAAGCUUCUGAGGCUUUAGAAUCUCAACAACAGGAUGAUUACUGUGAAACGUGUACAAGUGAAGUUUCAACUCCUGUACAACAUUCACGUACAGACACGGUAGAUAGUGAAAAACUUUUAGAAUAAACCAAUUCAUAAUGGAAU